ACAGUACGCAUCGAAAUCCAGUACAAUGAAGGCGUUUUCAUCAAUGCGUGAGUUGUCUGUGAUUUUGUUCGUUCACUUUGAUUAAAAAUAAUAAUAAAGGCAGUUUAAUAAUGUGAAAAUUAGUAAAGAAAAUUCUCUUUUAACCCAAAAUAAUGGUUGUCAUAACAGGUCAUAGCUACAUUGGAGAUGGGGGUACAAUGUUGGGGGCGAUUGCAGGCCUCGGAGCCAUACUGCUCGUCAUUAUCCUCUACAUAAAAAACAAAGGACUUUUAUGGUGGACUCCAGCACGAGGUAUAGCAUGUUGUGAGGAAGCCUGUCCUCCCGUAUCAUCACGAUCAGUACCAACACCUUCAGUGCCUAAUCCUUUGUCACAUUCCUCUCCUAAACACAAAUUAGCGAAAGCAUACUCUUUUGAUGGUUGCGAAUCUAGUUCCGAAUCCGAGAUAGGUCUUGGAAACAAAAGUCAUCAAGGUCCUAUAUCAGUACCAGUACCAGUUAUUCCUUCUGGUUCCUAUUAUCCAGCCAGAGUUAACCAGGAUCUAAUAUCUCUUGUGGAAAAGGGUAGAGCUGGAGUGAGCAGUAAUAGUUCUUGUUGCAGUUCUACCACCAGUUCCGUUGGAGAAAAACACAUGAUGUUGACAACGAUGGCUACAAAAGUGACUGCAGAAAUUAAUGACCCAAUCCAAAAAACACCUAUAAAUCUGAGGGAAACAAAAAUAGACAAUCAAGAUUUGGAUAUUCAGAUGGUAGACACAUCUGCACAAAUAGAUACAACAGACAAUAACACCAAUAGGGAUUGUAUUGUUGUGAUGAGCCAGGACGUAGAAGACAGAGGAGAAGUUUUAUCUUGUGGCGGUGGUUCCGGAUCCGAACCGGAAUGUCAAAUAAUUCCAAAUAAUAAGUGUGGUCAUUUGGAAAUCGCUCUACUCUACGACGCGCCCAUGCGGAAGAUGACAGUUCACGUCCUCCAAGCCAGAGAUUUUCCUAGCAGGGAUCGCGGUCAACUCACACACACCCAGGUGAGACUGAUUCUACUCCCUAGUAAGAAACAAAAACAUAAGACGAAAAUUCGGCAAGGUGAAAAUCCUCAGUAUAUGGAAAAUUUUGUCUUGCAUCGCGUGAAUCCAGAGGACGUUAAUUCCAUGGGCAUAAGACUGCGACUAUAUGGCUGUGAAAGAAUGCGCCGAGAAAGAUUAAUUGGCGAAGCUGUUGUCAGUUUUGCCAACAUUAAUUUGGAAUUGGAAAAUAAUUUUUGGUUAAAUUUAGAACCAAGAGCUAAUACAGCUAUGUUGGGCGGAUGCACAACUGAUUUGUUAAGUUUAGCUAGAUCGGACAGUACUGGCUCAGCACAUUCCAUGCAGCAUGGAGGUGUUCCAGAAUUACUGCUUGGCUUGUGUUAUAAUGCCACCACCGGAAGAUUGAGUGUAGAAGUUAUCAAGGGAUCCCAUUUUAGUUACCUUUUAAGAAACCUGGCAAUUAACAGACCUCCAGAUACAUAUGUGAAACUCCAUCUGGUCAGUAGUACUGGUCAAGAACUGGCUCAGAGCAAGACCACCGUUCGACGCGGACAACCCAAUCCUCUUUUUAAAGAGACAUUUGUGUUUCAGGUGGCGCUUUUCCAGUUGGCCGAUGUGACAUUAAUGGUGUCCGUUUAUAACAGAAAAGGUGUCACCAAGAAAAAAGAAAUGGUAGGAUGGUUCAGUUUGGGUCUAAACUCUAGUGGUGCCGAAGAAUUGGCUCACUGGAUGGAUAUGAAAGAAUUUCAACAGGAACAGAUAUCACGGUGGCACGUACUUGUACAAUCAUAGCUGUUGCACAUAUCAUUUAGAAUUUAUCAAUUCUCAAUGCUCUCAAUAGAAAUUUGUUGAAGAAGGGAACUGUAACAGCUAUGAUUUUGUUUUAAGACUAUGAUUGCUACAAAAUAUCUAAGUUUUUUCCUACUUUAUUCAAAUAUUGUCCCCAUAUUCUAAAUCAGUACUAUUUUGUAACAAUCAUAUUGGUGUUAUACUAAUUCCAGUGAGAUUUAUAACAUUUAAAGUUUUUUCGAUCCACAACAACUUCGCCCGACAAUGACAUGAACACUUGUUUUAAAAUAUAUUACAACUAUUAGUGAUGGCUAAUAAAAAAGAACAGUUACUUUUUCACAA